AUGCCCACUUUAGAUAACAUAACAAUUUCAAUAGAUAAUUUUACAGAUAUAGGAGACAUUCGUCUGCCACCAGCCUCAAAAGUCACUAUAAUUUCUCUCUCAGCACUUUUCUUUGUAAUCGGAUCAGUAGGUUUUGUAGGAAAUGCUCUGGUCAUCUUUGUUGUUCUCAGCGACAAACGUAUGCGCAGCUCUGUAACCAAUAUUUUUAUCAUGAAUCUGGCAGUCAGCGACUUCAUCAUCAUGGUAGUCUGUGUUCCAGAUAUUGUCCAGUUCAUGGAAAACGUUGGAUGGAGGUUAGGUCUGAAUUCUUGUCGACUCCUUCGUUUUACAGAAGUGUUUGCUCUGUAUGCCUCGGUGAUGACUCUUGUUGGGGUUUGUGUUGAACGCUAUAUUGCCAUAAUACACCCUAUUAAAGCUCAUAUUUACUGCUGCCGACGUCGUAUCCUUGUUGCGAUUGGCUGUAUCUGGCCUUUGGCUAUGGUUUGCGCUUCUCCAAAUCUAUUUCUACAUAAGCUUCAGAUGAUUGAGCCUGGGUUCACACCUUGUUUGAUGCUAUUUCCACGACCACUGUUCUUGUUGCUGUUUAAGUACUCCGAGUUUGUCAUGUUUUAUCUGCUUCCAUUGCUUGUCCAGAUCAUAUUAUACAUAAAGAUUGGAAAACAGCUAUUUGGUGAAGCCAGCUUUCGCGCCAUCGAGCCAGCUAUAGGAAAAGAAGUUUAUGCUGAAACCAUGAGAGCAAGACGAGGCGUAGUGAAGAUGCUGAUCGCUGGUGUUGGUGUGUAUUUUCUCAGUUUCUCGCCACACCAAGUUCUGUUAUUUUACAACACCUUUUCUGAGACCCAUUUCCAAGAAACCUGGUCCUACUUGAUCUUCGUCAACACCAUGAUCUACGUUUCGUCUGCCUGUAACCCUCUUCUCUACAGUAUCUUCAGUCAGAAGUUUCGACAGAAGUUUCGCAGUACUCUCUGCUGCCGGGCUCCUGUGGCUAAAAAUAUCAAUCACAUCACCACUGCUUUCCUUGGUCGUCGUAACAGGAACAUCACAAAAAGUGUCAAAACUACCGUUACCGAAGUGUGA